UGCAGUCUAGACGCCAUCUUGAGGAGACCCCAAAGCUCCAAACUGGUGACAACAAUCUCAGGCGCAUCAUAAUGGGAUUACUAACCUCAAAAUAAAAUCACCUCAAAACGUUUUGGGCUUCACACGACACCAGAAAGGAGGGAAGUCGCCCAUACAAGAGCUCUGUUACAACACAGCGAAGACUACAGUUCAUCUAAAGGCAACCUUGCCUGUAGCUAGAUGGCCGGCUAGCUAUCUAUGCCAGCUGGUCUGUGCACCGCUCCGGACUGAACCGUGGCCUGCUUGGGAGGAAGGGUGGUGACGGCGCAAAAUGCAAUCCCGUUGAUUUACAACGGAAUCUCAUUUGAUUCAAAGACACUGCGAAUCGGACAACGAACAUGAUAAUGCACUUAUAAAUAUUACGCUCUUAACUUCAAAUCUAGUUGCCUGAAGGGUUAAUUGCAAGCUUGCUUCAUUGCAGUGCUGUCUUGCGUUGCCUAAAUAGUCUAAGCAAGAGACAUGUCAUCCAACUGUACCAGCGUAGCGCCGGUGAGCGCGAGCAAAACGAAGACGAAAAAGAAACAUUUUAUAGGACAGAAAGUGAAGUUGUUCCGUGCAAGUGAGCCUAUUCUCAGCGUUUUAAUGUGGGGUGUCAACCAUACGAUCAACGAGUUAAGCAACGUUCCUGUACCAGUCAUGCUGAUGCCGGAUGAUUUUAAAGCCUAUAGUAAGAUCAAAGUGGACAACCACCUAUUUAACAAAGAAAACCUGCCCAGUCGCUUUAAGUUCAAAGAGUACUGCCCAAUGGUGUUCCGGAACCUGCGAGAGAGGUUCUGCAUCGAUGACCAGGACUACCAGAACUCUCUGACGAGGAGCGCACCGCUGAACAGCGACUCCCAGGGUCGCUUCGGCAACCGCUUCCUGUCCAGCUACGAUCACCGCUUCGUCAUCAAGACGGUGUCGAGCGAGGACAUCGCCGAGAUGCACAACAUCCUCAAGAAGUACCACCAGUUCAUAGUGGAGUGUCAUGGCAGCACCCUUCUCCCCCAAUUCCUGGGCAUGUACCGGUUGACCGUGGACGGCGUGGAGACCUACAUGGUGGUGACCCGGAACGUGUUCAGCCACCGGCUGACCGUGCACCGCAAGUACGACCUGAAGGGAUCCACUGUCUCAAGAGAAGCCAGCGACAAAGAGAAGGCGAAGGAACUCCCAACCUUCAAAGACAACGACUUCCUGAACGAGGGCCAGAGGCUGCCGAUAGGCGACGACAACAAGAAGUACUUCCUGGAGAAGUUAAAGCGCGACGUCGAGUUCCUGGCCACCCUGAAGAUCAUGGACUACAGCCUGUUGGUGGGGAUCCAUGACGUGGAGCGGGCGGAGCAGGAGGAGAUGGAGGUGGAGGCCGGCGGGGAGGAGGAGGAGUACGAGAACGACGGCAUGGGGGGGGCCCUCACCGGCUCCUUCGGAACCCCUCCCGACAGCCCCGGGAACCCGCUGAACUUCGGCGGGUUCUUCGGCCCCGGCGAGUUCGACCCCUCGGUGGACGUGUACGCCAUCAAGAGCCAUGACGGCGUCGUGAAGAAGGAGGUGUACUUCAUGGCCAUCAUCGACAUCCUAACGCACUACGACGCUAAGAAGAAAGCUGCGCACGCUGCCAAAACUGUGAAACACGGGGCUGGGGCUGAGAUCUCCACCGUAAACCCAGAGCAGUACUCCAAAAGAUUCUUUGAGUUCAUGUCCAACAUCCUAUCAUAGAAUCAUCCCUCCUCCCCUCAGCCAACCACACCCUGUCAUAGACCCAUCGGCCCCGCCCCCUGUCCAACCUACAGCCCUGGCUUAGCCCCGCCCCCCACCCCUCCUGUCCAACCUACAGCCCUGGCUUAGCCCCGCCCCCUGUCCCCGCUGGUACCCUGUCAGCUUGGGGAAGGAUAGACUGAAAGUAAGGAUGCACAGAGAUGAGGCUGUUACAAUUGUCCCACAGAGAGGGGGUGUUGGACUCUUUCUGGAGAAAAAAAAAAAGCAAUGUGCCCUCCCCCCCUACUACCCCAACCCCCUUUGCUUCCUCAGUCUGAAUGUUCUACACAGGAAGCUUGUAGAACACAAACGAGUUUGGAAUGGUAUCUGAGAAGAGGAGAGCGGCCCCCCUCCCCUGCCACCUUGUAUUCCUUCUCACGCCAGCACGGGAACUGUCUCACUAAUGCCUUGAACGAGUGUGUCAGCUUCAGCAGUAAGAGUCUGUUAGUACCGUCUGUUUGGUUUCUGUUCAUGUUGUUGUUGUUGUUGUUGUUGUUGUUUAUUAUUUUUUCAGACACACAAACACACAGACAAGACAAACACACACACACACACACACACGCUCUCCCUCCUUUUUUUCCGCACAGACGCAGAUGAAUGGUCAGAUUGCAUGAAUCUCUAAAACUGUAGCCAGCAGGCUUUCAGACGCCACCUCCUGGACAACCAGGAGGACUACAACAAACUGAAAUGUAUUUGGACGUCCGUAGGAGGUAAAUUAAUAUAUAAGGGUUCAUUAGGUAAAUGAAUGCAAUAUCAAAAAUGCAUGGCUAAAAAUGUACAUGGCUCCACCAGUUAGUCAAAACGUCAAACCACUGAACUUAGCAUCUGAGCAUUUUGACUAAAACAUAAGUGUUUGAAUGUUACGUUGCCAUAUUGUUUUGAAAUCUUUUAAACGUUUUAACCAUGAACUUGGUCGGUUAAAAGAAGAAAAAAAAAUCACAAAAAAGGGGAAUUCUAAAGCAAAUACUUGUUUUAUUACCAUAAGAAUAAUUUUUAUAUCUUGUUUACAUUAAUGUAGCAUUUGUGUUUGUAUACAGUAUUGUUUUGUUACCAACAGACAUUAGAACAGAAAAGUUACUUGAAAAUGAUUCAUUGCAUAUUAAAGGGAGUUUUAUCUUGUG